AUAGAGAAGUAAGUAUCUCACGGGUCGAUUUUCUCUACAUCAACAGAGUUCAGCGGCAUUGUCAGUGCUGUCAGCUGACGAAAGAAUUGGACGUAGUAACAAUAAAAAAAUGUCGUUUGGAGAAAAAAUAGCAUCAAUAAUGGAAAGGCCUGGACAGGAUUCUGUCGCUAAGGACGAUACUCCUUGGUGGAUGAAGUAUGCUGGGCGAGGGCUCGGCACUGUAGGCGGUUUCAUCGCUAUCUUCCUGGGAGUAUGGAAUUGUGCAACAAUAUUACUUGCUUCAAUAAUGUGUUUUCUUAGCGGUAUAUGGCAGAUGGUUGCUGGUUUUAUAGUUUUGAUGAUCGAAGCACCUUGUUGUUGCCUUUUCAUUGAUUUUGUACAAAACUUAAGCGAUAUGGUGGAAAACAAACCUUAUUGGAAUAAAGCAGCAGUUUAUUGCAUAAUAGCACUGCCACCAAUUUUCCUUUGUCCAGGAAUAUCAAGUAUAUUUGGUUGCGGAUUAAUUUUUGCCACUGGUGUAAUAUACGGAUUAAUGUCAAUUGGCAGAAAGGCAUCAUGGGGAGAAAUGAGAUCAGCAGCAGUGGAAACAUCAGCUCCUUCAUCAAGUAUGCAAUCAACGCUCGUUGAAAAUGCUCAAUCAAUGGGCUUUAGUAGUAAACCAGAUAGUAAUGUUUGACACUUAACAUGCAUUGGCAACAAAAUUCGCUAUUUCGUGUGAAUGGUGGUGUGUAAUAAUGACCUGGUCAAAUAAUUGUCUAUUAGGGCUAUGAACAUUUAUCAUAAAAUAUGAUAUCCAUUGCACUAAUGCUGAUGUCUUAUAUUAAAAUUUGGAUGCUUGAAGUAAAUUUAAUAUGAUUUUGUUUUAAAUGUGACCAACUAAGCUUGAUAUAAGCUAUUUUACUUGUAUAACUACGUGUAAUCAAAAAUGCAAAACGAUUUAUUAUUAUUAUUAUUCUUAUAUUUUCCUCAUUUUCAAUCGAUAGUUACAUUAAUAUUAAAUCGUUUUACAUUUUUGUAUAUCUGUAGUAGACUUUAGGUUACUUAUAAAAAUUCUGUUGGCCUACCUUGUUCAAACCUGCUUUAUUUAGUAUCAAGAAAUUUAGAAUUAGAUAAUAAAUAUACAAGGUCUGCAUUGUUAAUUACAGUUGAUAUAUAGAAAAUGAAUAUAUUAUUAAGCUCUACGCUAUGCUGAUGUUCUUUACAGCCUUAUUAAGUACUCUAGUUGUUGCAUUUCACCAUUGCAUCUUUCUAUAACACCUAUCCAUCCAAAGUUAUUUUAAUGAAAAAGAAAAAGAAAAUAAACAGAAUUAAAAAUUGUCAAGAGCAAUGGCAUAGUUUAUGUAUUAUCUAUACACAAAAUCUGAUUAAACACAUACAUAUUUUUCAUAUCAUAAAUAUAGUAUAAUGAGUAUGAUUGAAUUUAAAGAAUAUAUUUACUUGCAAAUAGUCUCUCAAUGGUUAAAUAUAAUUGAAUGAUUUUGAAAGGCUUCUUAUAUAUAUAUCAUUUUUGAUGGUAUAACAAGAAUGAUAUAGCUCUUAUAGUUGAAUGAGUCAUUAAUAUUAAUUUUUAUGGUUUAUUAUUAUUAUUAUUAUUAUUAUAUUCAAGUUAUAAACUCUUUAUGACGACUGUAUUGUAUAUAGAAGUGAAUUCACAUCUUUCUUCCAUUAGUUCUCAUGUUUAUAUUCUUCCUGUAUGAAAAGCCUGAAGUAACAAAAUGAUAUUUAGGAUAAUUAAUAACACACACAUACACACUUCAUUUGUUAUUUAAGUUUAAUUAUAUACCUUUGUGAUUCAAUUUGUUACUGAUUUAUUUUUUUUUUUAUUUGACUUAUUUUGUGAUACAAUUCGAUAGACUGGAUUAUUGUCACACUAUUUUUAUGUGUGAAUAGGAAGGUAUAAUUAAGAGUUUCUUAACAUAUUCCUAUACUAUUAAUAAGUAUCACAUUUGGAACUUUAUGUUCUAAUAUUCGUAACUGUUAUAUCUAAUGCCAAAUGUGCCAACGUGCAAAUCCCGUUUGUUUUUUUUAUUAUUAUUAUUAUCUUAUUAUUCUUUAGAAUUUUUAUUUGCAACAUUUCGAUAGACUAUUAAUAUCAAGUUAAAUUAUGUAAUUUUAAACUGCAGCAUUAUUUAAAGUCAUUUGUUUUCCUACAUUCCUUGCUAACAAAAAUGUUCAUUCAUUCAUUCAAUAUAAAAGACUCGAAAUUAUUCAUUUGAUCAUCUUAUUUAUUAAUUAUAUCAAAAUAAUCAUUGUGUACGUUGUGAUUAACAGAAUUGUCAUUAAAGUUUGAAUGAUAAAUUCAUAAGUAUGCAUAAUUAUGCAUUCUUAUGUAAUGUAACAAAAGAAUAAUAAGUAUUAUAGCAAAUUUUUCAAUAAAAAUUAAAUAUUUCUCAAUUUGUAUUUGUAUUGUAUUAUCAGGUCAAUACAUUUCUAAAUGAUUAUGCAAAGUAUUGAAAUUUCAUUGGUACGUCAAUAACAUUAACAACUGUAAUAAAACAUCACCAUUCAUAAUAUACAAUAUAAUUCAUGUCUAUACACAUACACAAAAAAUAUAUUAUAGUAUAGAAAAAAAAAAAAAAACAUUCACUUAUAUAGAGACAUAGAAUGUAUGAAAUUCAGAAAAGUCAGAAAAAGAAAGUUUUACAAUUGUCUUCUUAUUUUAUUCAACGACAUACUUAAUUAACACUAUAGUAAUUUAAUUAGCAUUAUAUAUUUGCCUUCUGUCAUUUAAUAAUAAACUAUAUAUAAUUUAUUAUCUUCAACAGAGAUUGAUAAUAGGGGAUGAGAUUAGAUUAUAAGCUAGCUGAAUACAAAAUGGAUUUGUAUGUGUUGAGUUAGAAAAAUUAUAUGCUGGGCAAACCUCCCACACGACAGUUAUCGUUGAAUUGAAAUGGUUAAAGAAUAAACAAUACUGCAAUGUAUGGCAGUUAUUAGAUAGUUAUGUAAUUAAUAGAUAUAAAAUAAAUACAUGCGCUACUUUUAUUUAUAUAUAUAUAUAUAAACAUAUAUUAUAUGAGAUAUAACUAGACUCAUUGGGCUCGAUAUAUUUUCAUUUUAUUUAUAUCAGUUUUUAAUUUAUAUUAACAAAUUUUGUGAGUAUAGCAAUAUAUAACAUUAUUAUUAUUAUUAUUUGAAAAAUACAAGUGAAACGUCAAAUGAUAGUUUGUUCCAUGCACCAUAAAUAUAUAACAUAUAUUGUAUUGUAUAUUACAUGUAUAUCCUGUCGAUUUUAGAAAUAAUUAUAAAUCUUAAGAUUGUGUGAAUUUGAAAGCUAUAAAUUUGAUGCGAAGUUUAAAUGAAUGAAAAAAAUAAUUCCAUUCUACUGUGUUUUCUCGAAAUAUAUUUAAUGGUUUACGGUAUUAUACAUAAUCGAACGACAAAUAUUUGUAUAAAAUAUAACAAACAUAUUAUUUUUAUUGAUCUUCUAAGUAACAAAGAAAUGUAUUAACUUUAUUAUUUUUCAGGACAAAAUAAAAAAAAUAAAAUAAAAUAAAAUUCUAAUGCCAGAAGUAUUAAAUCGUUGCAUAUCAGAAAUAAUUCUACUACGCGAUAUAUAAUAAUAUUGAAUGAUAAAAUUCUGCGUAACUAUAUUAGUUAUUUAUUAAAAAGACACAUGUCAUUAAUGAGAACAAUGAAAAUAAUGUGUUUAUAUAUAUAUAAAAUAUAUUCUUGAAAAAGCAAUCGAAAUUUGUUGUAUUGUAAGGUGUGUCCAUUACCGGUGUAAUAUAAUAAAAAGACUCAUUUGUCGAUAUUAAAAUAA